AUGUUCUCCUCACUGAAGAGCAGCUUUACUUCCAAUAUCACGAGCAAUUAUACCAUUUCGACGAGCGUGACUUCGACGGCCGGGCCAUGGAAGAUCUACGAUGCAACGUCCAAAAAGACAAAGAAGGCCUGCUCGCUGUUCGUCUUCGAUAGGAAGUCCCUCGAAUCCCACGGCAACUCCCUAGGUCGGUCAAGCGCAACCGCGUUCAAAAGAGCUACGGAAGAGGUUGUCGAGCGCUUAAAAAAAGAAGCUUCGUCGCUUGCCAGGCUGCGGCACCCAAGCAUCUUGGAACUGGUCGAGCCGGCCGAGGAGACGCGGGGAGGCGGCCUGCAGUUUGUGACCGAGGCCGUGACCGCGUCGCUGAGCAGUCUGCUGGCCGAAAAGGACGACCAAGAAAGGGCUGGCGGUGUCGGCGGCCGGUCCAGUCGCUACGUCACCGAAGAUGCCAACGGCACGAGGCGGAGGAGGGAGCUCGAAAUCGACGAGCUGGAGAUCCAGAAGGGCUUGCUGCAAGUCGGCAAGGCUCUAGAGUUCCUCCACGAGAACGCGGGCCUGGUCCAUGGCAACCUGACGCCGGAUGCCAUUCUGAUCAACGCCAAGGGGGACUGGAAGAUCAGUGGACUGGCCUACUCUACCCCUCCAGAGGGUUCAACAAAGCCCACGUCGGUUCAACCCAUCAGUCUGUCAGAGGCGCUCAACCUCGAUCCCAGGCUGCCCCGAUUUGUGCAGCUGAAUCUCGAUUUCACAUCGCCGGAUUUUGUCCUGGACAACAAUCUCACCACAUCAGCCGAUAUGUUCUCACUGGGCCUCCUGUGUGUUGCGCUAUACAACUCACCCCACCAUUCCCCGAUAGAGUGCCACUCAAGUAUAUCAACGUACAAAAGGGUCUUCAACUCAUCCUCAACCGUACCAUCACUGCAGAAUAACUUCCUCUCGAAGCAGCCUGUACCGAAAGAGCUUGCCAAUCACGUACUUGGGCGGCUGAUCACAAGACGGCCUGCCCAACGCAUGACGGCCAAGGAAUUCCAGGACAGCGAGUACUUCAACAACGUUCUAGUGUCCACGAUACGGUUUUUGGAUAAAUUCCCGGCAAAGACCCCUGGCGAGAAGCAGUCAUUCAUGAGGGGCCUGAAUAAGGUUUUGCCCUCAUUCCCCAAAUCAGUUAUGGAGAGGAAGAUCCUGCCGUCAUUGCUCGAAGAACUCAAGGACAGGGAACUCUUGUCUCUGAUCUUGCAGAACGUCUUCAAGAUCAUCGAUUUGCUUCCUUCCGGUAGGCAACCCUUUUCGGAGCAAGUUAGGCCGCGCCUGAAGGAGAUAUUCGUCACAAAUGUCAAGAAGGAACAAGCGCAAGAGAAAGACCCGGCGAGAGACGCUGGUCUCAUGAUGGUGCUUGAGAAUACAGACACCAUCGCAAGUAACAGUUCUGGCAAGGAGUUCAAAGAUGAUAUCCUGCCUAUCCUCAUGACUGCCGUCGAGUCGCCAACGCCAGCGCUGGUGGAUGUUGCGAUGCGCGGCUUGCCCGCCAUUCUCCCUAUAUUGGACUUCAGCACCAUUAAAAACGAACUAUUCCCCGUCAUCGCGAUGGUUUUCAGCAGGACAAACAGUCUCGCCAUCAAAGUCAGGGGUCUGCAGGCCUUUGUCAUUCUCUGUGGCGGGUCAAACGAUUCAUCUGGAGGCAGUGAUGGGCUUGAUGGGUUCGGUGUUGAGAAGAAGAAGACGUCAUCCUCGAGUGCGCUCGACAAAUACACCAUGCAGGAAAAGAUCGUGCCACUCAUCAAAGCGAUCAAGACGAAGGAGCCGGCAGUAAUGAUAGCUGCAUUGAAUGUUCUUAGGGUGGUUGGAGAUGUCGCAGAUGCCGAGUUCGUGGCGAUGGAUAUUCUGCCCGUCCUAUGGAGUAUGAGUCUGGGCCCCUUGCUGGACCUGAAGCAAUUCCAUACCUUCAUGGAUCUGAUCAAGUCUCUAUCCAAGCGAGUAGAGGAUGAGCAAACAAAGAAAUUGCAAGAGCUCUCGGGAGGAGGAACCAACGGCAAAGCCCUGGAGAGCGAAGACUUCAUGGCCUUUGGUGGCAUCACGGGAACAGGAUUUGACGCAACCAAUGGUGCCAGCGAGGAUGAUUUCGAACGCUUGGUCAAGGGACGGACGACGGCAAGCGGAGGGCUGAGCAGCCCAAUGGACGCGGGCGGCUGGGAUUCGGCACCCGCUGCGAGGGCGACGUCACCACCUGCGAAGUCGCCAACGCCCGCCUUCUCGUGGUCGACGCCCAGCCCGACGAGCGCCGCCCCGAGUUCCGCCGGGGCCUUCGGCGCGACCAAGGCGCAAGCAUCCUUCCGGACCGUCACGCCCGAUCUGGCGCGCUUCGAAUCGCUCACGCCGUCGUCGACCCAAUACUCGCAGCCGAUGCAACCCACGCUCUCCAGCCCGCCGGCGGCGACGCCGGCAAACCCGUGGGCGUCUUCCGCAUCGGCAGCAGCGCCCGCGAACCCGUGGGCUUCGCCGGCGAUGGCGACGAGCACGGCCGGCAAUCCUCUAUCGCCGCCAUCGACAUCCAUGGCAGGCAUGAGCCUGAACCAGCAGCGCCCCGCCAUACAGUCCUCCACGUCGUCCUUCUCGCUCGCGCCUCCGCCGGGCGCAAGCAGCAGCAGCAGCGGCAUCAGCAAGCCGGCCGGCUUCAGCUUACCACCGCCAUCCGGCCCGCAACGCACCGUUUCGUCCUCUUCGUUCGGCCAGCCGUCGGCGUACGGCGGGUUCAACACCAACAACAGCAUGAGCGGUGGUAAUACGAUGGGCAUGGGCGGCAUGGCGGCCAUGAAGCCCAUGAACACCGGGAGCAUGAACAGCAGUAUGAACUCGAUGAAUUCCAUGAACGGCGGCGGCAUGAAUAGCAUGGGCAUGGGCAUGGGCAUGGGUAUGGGAGGCAUGAGUGCCCAGCAGCAGCCGGCGCAACAGCCACAACAGCCGCCACAGCAGCAGAAGUCGGGCUUGUCCAAGUACGAGAGUCUGCUGUAG